AUGGCAGCUCAGAAAUCAUCAGACAACUGGGUGUGGAACCAUGUUCUUGAAGUAGACAAUGUUGGUGUACAAUGCAAUAUAGAUAGUUGUGAUCAAACUUAUAUUGAUAAUACAAGUAUAUCAAAAAGUCAAUUCAUAACACAGAUAAAGGAACAUUUAUGCCAUCAGCACGGAAUAUGGACUGAAGAAGAUCGCAAAAAAUGGAAAAACGAUAAUAGCUUGGUAUGGAAAUAUUUCAACAAAGUAGACUUAUACAAAGGAAAAUGCAAAUUUUGUGAUAGUGUAAAAAAUGGAGCAUAUUUACCAAACCUAAUGUCACAUCUGCGAAAAAAGCAUAGUCAAGAAAUAAGAGCUGCUGUACAAAAAGAAAUUACAACUAAGUCGCUAUGGCUUUAUUUCGAAAUUUGUGAGGAACAAUUUAAUGCACAGUGUAAACGUUGCAAUUGUUCUAUGGACAUAUUUUACGGAACAGAUGCCUUAAUACAUCACAUUUGUGCAAAAAAGAUUCAACGUUUAGAGUUUCGACAAAAAUCUAAAGAUAAUAAGGUGAACAGAAUGACACAACAAUCUAUAGCCGAUAAAAAUACAAGUACAAGUUCACAUGACGAUAGUAUAAAUAGACAAGUUCUUGGAAAUCCAGAAAGUGAACGAAGUAACACAUCGCGACACUGUGCGGAUGUAAUGGCAGCUCAGAAACCAUCAGACAACUGGGUGUGGAACCAUGUUCUUGAAUUAAACAAUUUGACAUUACAGUGCAAAAUAUACAGUUGUAUUCAAACUUAUGCAGUUAAAAGGAACAAGUUAAAAAUGACAUUUCGAAUAAAAGCACAUUUAUACCAUAAGCAUGGAAUAUGGAGUGUAGAAGAUCGCUUAAAAUGGGAAAACAACAAUGACUUGAUAUGGCGAUAUUAUGACAAAGUAGGCUUGUACAAAGAAAGAUGUAACUUUUGUAAGAAUGUUUAUCAUGAGGCAUACAUACCGUGUCUAAAUCUGCAUCUGCAAAGAUGGCAUAGUCAAGAAGUAAGAGAUGUUGUACGAAAAGAAAUUACAACUAAGUCGCUAUGGCUUUAUUUCGAAAUUUGUGAGGAACAAUUUAAUGCACGGUGCAAGCGUUGCAAUUUUAAAAUGGACAUAUUUUACGGAAUAGAUGUCUUAAUAAAUCACAUUUGUUUAAAAAAGAAUCUACAUUUAAAGUUUCUACCAAAAUCUAAAGAUAAUGAGGUGAACAGAAUGACACAACAAUCUAUAGCCACUGAAAUUGCAAAUACAAUCUCCCAUCAUGAUGAUAUAAAUUGGCCAGCUCCUCGAAAUCAAGACCAACAAAGUGACACAUCGCGAUACAGUGCGGAUGUAAUGGCAACACGAGAAAUAUCAAACAAAUGGGUGUUGAAACAUAUUCGUAAAUUGGACAAUUUUACUGUACAGUGCAAUAUAGGUAGAUGUGGUAAAAUUUAUACACUUAAGAUAAACAAAAGCGAAACGAUAUCGAGAAUAAAAGCACAUUUAUACCAAAAGCAUGGAAAAUUGAAUGAAGAAGAUCGCUUAAAAUGGGAAAACGACAAUGACUUGAUAUGGCAAUAUUUUGACAGAGUAGAUUUAUACACAGGAAAAUGUAAAUUUUGUAAAAUUCAAUAUAAAGAAUAGUAUAUACCGAGGCUAAAGUAUCAUCUGCGAAAAAAACAUAGUCAAGAAAUAAGAGCUGCUGUACAAGAAGAUAUUGCAAAUAAGUCGCUAUCGCAAUAUUUCGAAAUUCAUGAGGAAGAAUUUAAUGCAUCAUGCAGACGGUGCAAUGUUAAAAAUAAUAUAUUUUACGGAAUAGAUGCCUUAAUAAAUCACAUUUGUUUAGAUAAUAACGUGAACAAAAUGAUACAACAAUCUCUAGCUGAGGAAAAUACAAAUUUAAGUUCCCAUCAUGAUAAUUUAAAUAGACAAGCUCUUGGACUUCGAAAAAACGAACAAAGAAAUACACCGCGAUACUGGACGUGGACGGAUGUAAUGGCAGCUUGGAAAACAUCAGACAACUGGAUAUGGAAACAUGUUCUUGAAUUAGACAAUUUUACUCUACAGUGCAAUAUGGAUAAAUGUAAUAAAACGUAUUGUUAUAAAUAUAAAAAUAUAACUACAUUGGAAAAAUCUAUAAAGGAACAUUUAUAUCGUAAGCACAAAAUAUGGACUGAAGAAGAUCUCUUAAAUUGGAAAAAGAACAACGACUUGAUAUGGCAAUAUUAUGACAAAGUAGACUUAUACAAAGGAAAAUGUAAAUUUUGUAAGAAAUUUUAUCAUGCAACACAACUAUCAAAUCAAAAGACACAUCUGCAAAGAAAGCAUAGACCAGAAAUAAUAGCUGCUAUACGAAAAGAAAUUGCAACUAAGUCGCUAUCACAACAUUUUAAAAUCGAUGACAAAGAAUUUAGUGCAAGGUGCAAACGUUGCAAUGAUAAAAUAAACAUAUUUUACGGAGCAGACGCCUUAAUACAUCACAUUUGUUUAAAAAGGAAUCAACAUUUCAAGUCUCGACCAGAAUCUAAAGAUAAUGAGGUGAACAGAAUGACACAAUUUAUAGCCACCGAAAUUGCAAAUACAAGCUCCCAUCAUGAUGAUAUAAAUUGGCCAGCUCCUCGAAAUCAAGACCAACAAAGCGCAUUUUAUAGCAGCACAGAAAUAAAUAACUUAAGAUCUCACUGUCAAUAUCAUAUAAAUGAAGAUUCAAGAUAUGAAAAAGGAGCAGCAGAUAAUAGCGAGUCUAGAAUGAUGCACGGAGAUGUACCAGCACAACAUAUAGCUACAAAUUAUCAUCAUGAAAGUACAUAUUGGUACGUUCUUGGAAAUCAAGAUAGUCAAUCUAGUUCUGAAGAAAAUAAUACGAAUAACACAAUAUUUCUUGCUGAUGAUGUUUCGGAUGCAAGUUCUCGUCAUAACGGUACAAACUGGCAAGCUUUUGGAUAUCAAAUGGAUCAACAGAGAAUGAUGCAUCAGUCUGUAGCAGCAGAAAAUAUGGCUACAAGUUAUCAUGAUGGAAGUACAUAUUCUUCAGAAGAAAAUAAUAUGAAUAACACAAUAUUCCUUGCUGAUGAUGUUUCGGAUGUAAGUUCUCAUCAUGACGGUACAAGCUGGCAAACUUUUGGAUAUCAAAUGGAUCAACAGAGAAUGAUGCAUCAGUCCGUAGCAGCAAAAGAUAUGGCUACAAGUUAUCAUGAUGGAAGUACAUAUUCGUACGUUCUUGGAAAUCAAGAUGGUCGGCAAAGUUCUGAAGGAAUUAACAUGGAUGACAUGGUACAAUUCUAUGAUUACGAUGUUUCGGGUCUAAGUUCUCGUCAUGACAGUACAAACUGGCAAGCUUUUGGAUAUCAAGUAGAUGAACAAAGAAUGAUGCAUCAGUUCGUAGCAGCAGAAAAUAUAGCUACCACUCAUCAUCUUGGAAAUACAUAUUGGCAAGCUCCAGUAAGUCAAGAAGGUCAACAAAAGUAA